UCUUCAAGAACGCCCCAGGAUUCCAGGAACAGCAUCAGAUCCUCUGCUCCUCAUUAAGUAACAACAAACAAUAAUUAAUGUGUGUGUGUCACUAAUUCCAAUCAUCCCAUCUUCCUUCUUCCUUCCUCUCUAGGAAACAUCAAAACAAGUUUUUUUUUUACUCCUCUUCUCUGGUUCUUCAUUUUCAUCAAAAAAUGGGGAUAUCAUCAAGUAAACCACAGAGAUAUGAUCAAAACCCAUCUCCAUCUCUACUCCUUUCUUCUUCCUCCUCUUCAUACCCAAACCCCCCUAAUUCACUCCCUUCAACUUCUACUUCCUCCUCCUCUUCUUAUUCUUAUUCUUUUCCUCCACCAUCACAACCACCACCACCACCACCAAAUUGUUACAGCUCUUACCCUCAAAACCCUCCUCCCCCUCCAUAUAAUAAUAAUUCACAACCCACAUAUCAAAACCCCCCACAACUAAAUCACUACCCUAUGUAUCCUCCUCCACCUCCUCUUCCUAGUAAUAAUCCAUAUUAUUAUCAACAAAAUCUCUAUUCUUAUAAUCAAAGUAAUACUAAUCAGUGGCAACAACCUUGGAUUAGACCUCAUAUGAUGAUGCCCCAACAACCUAUACAACAAAUACUACCAUUAGUACCAUAUCAAGAAGCUAAGAAAGUUAGGAAUGAUGUGAAUGUUCAUAAAGAUACUGUCAAGAUUCAGAUUGAUGAACAUAACCCUGAUUACCAUUUGGUUUCGUUCACUUUUGAUGCCCUUGUUGAUGGAAGCAUUACCAUUUUUUACUUCGCCAAGGAAGGUGCCAACUGUCAGUAUUCUCCACUGUAUCCCGAUGCUUGUAUGCCUGUUACAGUUCCAUUUCAGAAAGGUCUAGGUCAGAAAUUUCAUCAGCCUUCAGGAACCGGUAUCGACUUAGGUUUCUUCGAUUUGGAAGAUCUCUCAAGACCGUCUCCAGGUGACCAGGUGUUCCCGCUUGUAAUAUAUGCCGAAGCCUGCCAACCACCUUUGCCUAUGAUUGAAGAUUCUGACCAUCCGCUACCCAGUACUUCUCGUGCACAAAUUUCUGAAGCUGUCCUUGAGAAGAACAACCAAGGUGCCUUCCAGGUUAAAGUAGUCAAGCAAAUAUUGUGGAUUGAUGGGGAGCGCUAUGAGUUGCGCGAGAUCUAUGGGAUUGGCAAUUCAACAGAACCAGACCUUGAUGAUAAUGAUUCAGGCAAGGAAUGUGUAAUUUGCAUGACUGAACCAAAGGACACAGCUGUCCUUCCUUGUCGACAUAUGUGUAUGUGCAAUGAGUGUGCGAACGAGCUGAGGCGCCAAACGAACAAGUGUCCUAUAUGUCGUCAACCCAUUGAGGAACUUCUUGAGAUAAAGGAGUAAAAGGGUUUAACUACAUUGUAAGAUGGUGGGAUCUUUUUGAUUUAUGGGCUUACUCUUUAGUGAUUGAGAACUACCUACUCUGAGAUUCAGCUAACGGUAUACUCUUAUAAAACAAGCCAGUUCGGGUUCGCGCUUGGAUCGGGUUCUCCUAUUACUUGCAGGUUAUGAUUCUUGUGGUUCCUGGAUGAAAUUCUACCUACAUUUGCUCUUGUGUGUGUUGAUGAAAUGAGGAUAUGAUGGGAGCUAGUGGUUUGUUCUUAUCUUUUUAGUCCCACCACUGCAUGAAAGCAUCAUGUGGCUUGCAGCAGGAGUCUGUUGGCAGUUCUUUUUAUGUGAUCUCUCUCAAGUUAGUUACUUAAAUAUCAUACCA